AGUCUCAUACUUCUGAGGAAGCGAAUCAUAACUUCUUCAUGGAACUGUUGCAACGUUUAAAUUAAACAAUGCACAUGAAACAAUUGCCUGAAGCACCUAAGUCAGUACAAGAGAACUAACUGAAUUAUGGAGAAUAGGAGCAGUUGUCUGGUUGUCAUUUUACUAUAGGUUUACCUCGUAAGGGUUUAGCAAACCAGCGCCACAUAACUGGAGUCAUCAGUUCAAUUUAUGUUUUGUCAAGUAGUACGGAAUAAAUGAAAGAAAGGGAAAUGGAAAAAGUACACAAAUGGAAGAUAGAUGUGAGCAAAUUAAAAUAAGAGGCAUCCUUAGAGAAGAAAGGACAAGCAUGAGAAAGGAAAUUAGAAGAACCAGAGAUUUAAAAAUGAGAAGCGUGGUCUGGCCGGCCAAAUCUAGAAAAGACCCAGACGCAGCCUACCUUGGAGGUAGCCCCGGGGCCCCAGGACUGGGCGGGGCCUCGGGCAGGCACGCCCCUCCGGAAGGCUUCCUGGAGGCGGGACUUCCUCUCCGUCCGGAAGCAUUGAUCCUCGGGUGACACUGGGCUGAGCGAGCGGAACGUCCUCCAACCCGAGAAGAUGCCUGAUCCUUGGCAAGAAUGCAUGGAUUACGCAGUUACGCUAGCAGGACAAGCUGGAGAGGUGAUCUGUGAAGCUCUAAAAAAAGAAAUGAAUGUUAUGAUUAAAAGUUCUCCAGCUGAUUUGGUAACUGCUACUGACCAAAAAGUUGAAAAAAUGCUUAUCUCUGCCAUAAAGGAGAAGUAUCCAUCCCACAGUUUCAUCGGUGAGGAAUCUGUGGCAGCUGGGGAAAAAAGUGUCUUAACUGACAACCCCACAUGGAUCAUUGACCCAAUUGAUGGGACAACUAACUUUGUACAUAGAUUUCCUUUUGUAGCUGUUUCGAUUGGCUUUGUUGUAAAUAAAAAGAUGGAAUUUGGAGUUGUGUACAGUUGCCUGGAAGAUAAGAUGUACACUGGCAGGAAAGGAAAGGGUGCCUUUUGUAAUGGCCAAAAAUUACAAGUUUCAAAGCAAGAAGAUAUUACCAAGUCACUCUUGGUGACUGAGUUGGGAUCUUCCAGAACACCAGAGACUGUAAGAGUCAUUCUUUCUAAUAUGGAAAAGCUUUUUGCUAUUCCCAUUCAUGGAAUCCGGAGUGUUGGGACAGCAGCUGUUAACAUGUGCCUUGUGGCAGCUGGAGGAGCAGAUGCCUAUUAUGAAAUGGGAAUUCACUGCUGGGAUAUGGCAGGAGCUGGCAUUAUUGUUACUGAAGCUGGUGGAGUACUAAUGGAUGUAACAGGUGGACCAUUUGAUUUGAUGUCACGAAGAAUAAUUGCUGCAAAUAGUAGAGCAUUAGCACAAAGGAUAGCCAAAGAAAUUCAGAUAAUAGCUUUACAAAGAGAUGAUGAAGAUUAAUUUCAACAGCCUCAUUAUUCACAGUUUUUUCCCAGAUUUACUGCAGCACUGUUGGAUAUGUUUCACAUGUAUGCUACGAUUUAGAUUAUCUUUGAUGUUCUAAUUUUAAAAUGAAAACUUUUCUAUAGGUUGUAUGCAAAAAUAGGUGUAAUGUUUGUUUUGUGGCUUUAAAAAAUUUUGUGUUUAAGAGUAUACUUUGGGAAAAAUAUACUGAAGUGUAGUUUGUGAGUUAUACAUUGAAAUAAUUAAUUAGCAAUUUUGUGUUUCUGUGUAUGAUCCUCUGAACUGUUGAGUUACUAUUUGUUUUGGUUUUUUUUUUGGUACUGGGGAUUGUACUUGGGACCUUGUGCUUGUGAGGCAGGCAGCGGAACCACUGAGCUAAAUCCCUGGCCCGAGUUACUAUUUAUAUACAUAAGCACUCAAUUAGAAAGUGACCUUUUUUUGGAAAAAAUUUUCUCUUUGUUCCAAAGGCUAUAUUUAAAGUUUGUAAGGAUAUAAUAAGUGCUUUUUAGAUUAAGGUUUUAUUUUUUAGCAGAAAACAGUGUAUCUGCAUCACUAUAUAUACGUAUAGCACCUAGCAAAAUACCUGUCAAAUAGGAGGCACCUUGAAAACGAACAUUUUAAGAAUGAGUAUUUUUAACCAACAGUUCCUAUUUAUGAUAAAUACAUAAAGUAAUGAGCUCACUAUUCUGUAGUUUUGCUUUUUUUUUUUUUUUAUAGUACUAGGGAUUGAACAUGGGGCCUUUUUACUGAGCUAAUCCUUAGCCCCCUUUUUUAAAAUUUUGAGAUAGGUUCUUGCUAAAUUGCCUAGGCUAGCUCAAAUUUACCAUCUUCCUGCCUCAGCCUCCCAGAGUCUCAUUCUUUUUAUAUUUCCUGUUACUGUACCAUUUCAUAUGACCACACUGCCAUACAGUGUUGCUCUCAGUAUAGGCAUUUCUGCAAUUAAUAUGUUAUCCAGUGCACAUGUGAUGGUUUAUAUUUAGAUUGCCUUUACUCCGUGUAAGAGGAAAAACUUCUCAAAAGCACUACUGUCAGGUUUCUGAUAUAGUUAGAUAAAAUAAACAUUUUCUAAAUUAUUGGUUUUUGUUUAUUUUUGAGAUGAAGUUUCUUUGUGUUUUCCAGACUAAGCUCAAAGUCAAAAUCCUCUCCUUAGCCUCCCAAGUAGCUGGAAUUAAAGGCAUGCACCACCACAUCUAACUUUCUAAACUGUUUUGGUUGUGCUGACAAAUAUAGUGUUGUUAAUAUUGAACUAUUUGAUUUCUCCCCCAAACUUUAUUUAAUUUCAUUGCUGCUGUCUUUAUAUAUUCUUUAAUUGACUUUAGCCUAUCAGAUUCAAAAAGAAAAUUGCACUGCUUCACACACAUUUUUAAAGGAUUAAUUUAUUGUUUAGCCUUGACUGUUGGCAUGUGAACAAACUGUUAAGUUUUAUUAUAGGUGCAUGUGAACCUUGUAUUUGAUAAAAUGAAAAGUGCUUAGAUAAAGUUCUUAAACUGAAAAGUGCUUAUAGAAAGACACAAAGAUUUGGGUAUCAGUUAUGGCAAUUGUACUGUUAAUCACAUGUACUUAAAAUAUUUCAUAUUAUGUAAUUCUAAGGUAGGUUAUUUUACAAUUUUAAAUAAAAGUUUAUCAUGAAUAAAA